UCCCGGGGCCGGUGCGCGCUCCCGUGCGCGGGUGUCACUCUGCGCGYUCCCGGCCAGAGCGCGGCGCUCGGCUGUCCCCGCGUGUCCCUGUCAUGCACUCGUGGCUGCAGCAUCUCCGGCCCCGCCUCUCAUCCUUCACCUCCCGGGGAUUCCGGGCGGCGCUCAKCGGGAAGCCCCAGCGGUGAAAAGGGCGACCACUAACCGGCAUCGCUGAGAGCGCUCAGCGGGCGCUGCCCGGCAGAGCUGAGGGGUCGCGCCACCGGGAGGGUCCGGAAAGCCCCGCGGGGCCGGAGUUUCCCCACCGCCCCCGGGAUGACGCAGCCCGACCCCUCGGGGGCGGCCCCUAAGGGUCGGUGCCCUGGGCUCCGCGCACAGUCCGCUCCGACCCAUGGCUCCGAGCCGGGCGCUGCUCCCCGCGGCGCUGCUGGCGCUGGCGCUCAGCCCGGGGCCUGUGGCCGGUGUGCCGUGCGUGGCGGAUUGUCCGGCGGGUACGUACGUGUCGAGCGCGGAGUGCGGACCGGGAGCGCGCCCGUCCUGCCUGCCCUGCCCGCCCGACACCUUCUCCAGCACGGCGGGACGCAGCGACUGCAGGAUGUGUCGCAAGUGCGAAGGAUUAUACCGGUAUUUAAAGAAGUGCUCCUCGACAAGUGAUGCUGAAUGCACGUGCAGGGAAGGCUAUCGCUGCGGCGGGCGUGGCUGCACCUACUGCAUCCGAAYCUGCGGCGUGGGCCAGGAGAGCACCGGCAAUGGUAGGGUUAUCUUUCCCCGGCAGCUGAAAGCCCCUCUGCUUCCUCCACCAGACACAGUGCACUGCCUCUUGCACAGUGCAGAAGCAGAUAGGGGGAAGGAUGUCCCAACAGACAUGAUCAGGAUUUCUCUUGCUGUGGCUGGGCUGUUGUGCGUAGUGUUUCUGCUGCCUUUGUGCAUCUGCUUCAGYRUUUGGCAGAAAAAGAAACUGCAUGSYGUCUUCAAGAAAAUGCACACACCUGAACAGUCAAUUCAGGAAGAYGAUGCCUGCAGCUGCCACUUCCCCGAGGAAGAACAAGGUGAACAUCAGGACUGUGAUAAAUCCACAGAAUUCAGAGAUCUUUUGGUGAAUUAGAAAUUGGACUGUCCGAGUCAACCACAUUUGAAUUUUCUUUUGGAACACAGAACAAGAACCUGUUUAUGUAAAUAGAGAGGGUGUCAGUACCUGUGGAUGUUAGAGCGCUAAGUAGCCACUGAGGA